AUGGAGGAUUUCAAUCGGCACAACAUCCACGCCUUGGAAAUGAAUCACGUAGACUUCGACAGGUACGAUAGACGUGCGUCGUCGGUUGCCACCGUCGAACAACUUGAGACGCAAGACCAGAAAGUGAAAAAUCAACAGUUGGCCAACGCAGCCUAUAUCGGCUUGUUGACGAUCAUCAUCAGUUUCGUUUCCGCAUUCGUCUUACUCGCAUCGUUCAUGACGGCGGAGUGGGAGUUCUUGCUCCAUGAUCGUCAAGCUAUCCUCAAUCUGACAUCAUCGGGGCUACCGGAGAACAUCUUGAGCAUUGCUUCACCAGAGUGGUCAGACAAUGUAGUUAAGGUGGAGAUCCGCGUGGUGGAACGGAUCGAUCCUCUGGAUCCGAACAGCUCGACUACCGAGAAGAAUCGAACGACGUACCUCGUUGAUCUGAGAGCUGGAAUAUACCAGGCGUGCAUUGUGCUUCCAGAGCAAGAGAGAAUCCACGCGGAACGUGUGGGGGCUUUUCCAUCAUGCGUCUCGUAUUUGGCGCUGACGGAAGACAUCAAUCGAAAGAGGCUCGUCGACCUCUACCCUUGGCUUGAAAAAAUGAGGAACCUAGCGAUCUCAUGCUCCUUGGUCACGCUAAUCUUGGUAGCAUCGACGAUACUCCUCGGUGCGUUCGGCCUUGUGUUCAAGCAGCUAUCAGCUCUCAUGGUGACAGGUGUCCUAUUUCUCAUGGCUGGGAUUUUCGGGAUAUUCACCUACUGCUUCAUGAUUUUCAGACGAAACCAUCAACACGGAGUGCACACAGGGACCGCUUAUGACAAAUUCCUCAUGACGAAUCCCAUCCUGACAAAAUAUCGUCAUUACGAAGGCGGCUGGGCAGCUCAAUUAGGGGCGUUUGGGAUUUUUCUAUGCUUCGCCAGCUCGGCGAUGUGGUUGCUUCUGGCGCGGUGCCUCAUUAGGUAA